CCCCCUCCUCCCUCUUCCUCUUCGACCCCCUCGAGAUAUCAUGCGCGGCGAACUAUGCAUCGGCAGCGCCUCCGUCCUUGCCCUCAUCUCCCUCAUCCUCCUCAUCUUCAUGCAUGUCGGGCAAAUCAACACCUCGACCGUCCCGCGAGGCAUUUCCAUGGUCAAUGUCAACACCUCCGGAUAUGCGGCAGGCCUCGAGGCCGCGCUUGGUGACCCCAUUGCCGGGCUGUACGCGACCAACGCAUCUACGCCCCUUCAAGUGAACCUAGGCAUCCGCGAGAACUACAAGUUCGGCCUCUACUCGUACUGCGGCUAUGUGAACGGCUCCGGUAUCUGUUCUAACACCUCCGCGGCCACGCGGUGGGAGCCAUUCUCGGUCAUAGUCGCGGACAUGCGCUCGAACUACUCGGGCGUAACGACCGCGCUCAUCACCGAGGGCACGUUCAUCGACUCGGACUACCUGGGCGAGUUCACGAAGGGGGCCUACUACCUCAUUAUCAUCGGCUCAGUCUGUGCAGCAAUGGCACUCCUCACCGGCUUGCUCAAGCACACAGUGCUCUUCUUCCUAUCUACUUUGUUCGCGGUGUUGGGGUCUCUCACACUGCUCAUCGGCGCGACUAUCUGGACGGUGGUCAUCAAAAAGGCCGAGUCCAUAAACAGUUUCGUCGUCGGACCUUCGGCGGCGCCCGUUCCGUUGGGCAUAACAGUCUCGACUGGAGACGCCAUAUUCCUUCUGUGGGCUGCCUGGGCAUGCCUCCUGGUGUCUACACUGCCUUACAUGAUCAGGCUCGCCGGCGUCGCCGCCGCCGCUCUCACUCUCGCCGCAGGUGUCGGCGCGCUCCCGAAGGUGUCUAGGCAGGGGAGGUACCUCUACUCAGACGAUGGGACUCGGUUCUUUAUCAAAGGUAUCGCCUACCAGGAGCAAGGUGCCGUCGUCGCGGAUCCUAACAGUCCAUUCUCCGAGCCGUCGACCUUUAUCGACCCCCUCACGGACAGUGCUGCAUGCGCCCGCGACCUUCCCUUCCUCCAGCAGCUCGGCGUGAAUGCUGUCCGUAUUUACAGCGUAAACUCGUCCCUCAACCAUGAUGAUUGUAUGAACGCCUUCAGCCAGGCCGGCAUCUACACUAUCAUCGAUCUUGCCCUCCCCACGAACGGCUCCAUCGACCGCAACAGCCCGUCGUGGACCGUGAACUUGCUCGACCAGUACAUUGGCACCAUUGACGCCUUCAGCAAGUACGACAACGUCCUCGCGUACAACGUUGGUAACGAGGUCAUCACCGCCCCCGCUGGCACUGGCGCCGCGGCCUUCAUCAAGGCCGCUGCCCGUGAUGUCAGGUCAUACCUCAAUUCCAUCUCCUCGUCAGCGCUGGUUGGAUACGCCGCCCAGGACGGUGACGACUCGUGGGUCGUCCCGCUCGCGAACUACCUGGGGUGCGACAACUCGAACAGCAACUCCGGCUCGACUGCUAUCGAUAUUUUCGGUUUGAACAACUAUGAGUUCUGUGGCGACGCCACUGCCUCCGCAUACAACGGCAAGAACGGCGACUUCGCAGGGUACGAGCUCCCGGCGUACUUCAGCGAGUUCGGAUGUGUGAGCCAGCCGCCGCGCCUUUGGACGGAGGUCCCGAUCAUCUUCAGCUCGCCCAUGUCCGACAUCUGGUCGGGUGCUGUCGCGUUCAGCUACUUCCCCGCGGUGGCCUCCGACGGUUCGUUCGGUAUGGUCACGGUUGACGGCAGCACUGUCACCACGAGCGACGACUUUGACCGCCUCAAGGCACAGUACAGCAACUUGACGUUCCCGACCACGCCCAGCAAGACCGAUGCCGGCACGAGCGAGUUCCCCGCGUGCCCCUCGCAAAACUCCACGUGGCUCGCGUCGAACACGCUGCCGCCGACCCCGAACGACGCGGCGUGCAACUGCCUCGAGAACAUCGUCAGCUGCCAGUUCACGCCCAAGACGAGCAACACCAGCGCCAUCGUCGGCUCGCUCCUCGACCUCGGCUGCUCUCUUCUCGGACAGCAGGGCGGCAACUGUGACGACAUCUCCGCUAACGGUACCCUCGGCACUUACGGCCGUGUCGCGUUCUGCGACCCCGAGACCAAGCUCUCGUUCGUCAUGAGCGAGUUCUACGAAAUCACCGACCGCGCCGCGACCUCAUGCGACUUUGGCGGGAACGCGACCGUGAACGCGAACGCACCCUCAAACGUGAACGGCGCGAACGCCGCCGCGACGUCCUGCCUCGCUAACCCCUCUGCGACCUUCACCCCCAGCGCGCCGAGCGGCUCCUCCGGCUCCGGCAGCAGCGGGUCCAGCGGCAGCUCCGGCUCUGGCACGAGCGGCAGCAAUGGCGCCGCGGCGAUCUUCGGUGCGAGCCCGAGCGCGUUCGUCGGCCUCGGCGUCGCGUUCGUGUUCAGCGUACUCGGCUCGGCGCUCACUCUUGCAUGA